AGAGACCGCGCGUUUGGGUGACACAUAGGCACACUGGGCCAGUGUCAGUCAUGCAUGAUUGAACACACUUGUCUUUACUUUCGCGGUAAAGUGCAGUGGUGCAGCACUUCAGUUGAGAAGAGAGAGCGCACACAAGGGAUAGGCUCUCCGCUGUAUACGUUCAUUCAGAGCAGCUUGAGAAGGCGGCACUCACAGCUUGGAAGGGAUAGGACCGAUUCAUUCUGCACAGCCAGGCGAACCUGUUUCACGUUUUAUGUCAUUUCUCUUGGAAUAUUUUUGAGCCGUUAGCUGAGAAUUAAAAGCAAGCAUUUAUCGGAUAUUGGUCUGUUUGGAACAAAGACUCACAAUCAAGUAACUUCAACGAUAAGUGUGAACCGUUUUAGAACUUUGGCAUCCAGUGUUUUGGGAUUCUUGUGAUUUGCAACAGUACCAAAACCUCCUACAGACCGCGACCGAAAUUAAAUGCAUGUUUUCUUUUUCUGCACACAUAGUUGGAACUGAAAGGUCAUCGAUUGGUUGUAUUUCCAAUUUUUUUGUCAGGCUUUUUUGUACGGUUGCCUGCAGACAAACUUGCUGUGGAAGAAUAGGACACUGACUAUAAUGCGAACCCAAUUUCCAAGUGUUGCUGUUACCCCCGAACAUGUACAACGUGCCACCGCACACAAGCUUUACCCAUUAUGACAACCAGCAACUAUGUAGCACUUUUCGAUGUAUCAGAAAAACAUAGUUUCUUCAUUUUAAGGGUGUUAGCAACGAUGUAUCAAAUUGUUCAAUUUUGACGAGACGCAAAAAUGCACGCGUUGAAGAUAAAGAUGUUUCUUAUUAGUGUUCUGGCGAGUUUACUGAUGUUCUCAUCUUCAACGAGAGGCUAUCAGAUGUCUUGGGAAAAUUGGAAUCAGAAUUUGCGCAACCGGGUGAAUGAACUGGACAAGACAUCUACACAGCCUCACAUCAUUUUCAUUCUGGUGGAUGACCAAGGCUUCCGGGAUGUGGGGUACCACGGAUCCGAGAUCAAGACUCCGACGCUGGACAGGCUGGCCGCGCAGGGGGUGAAACUGGAGAACUACUACGUCCAACCGCUCUGCAGCCCUUCUAGGAGUCAACUCAUGACCGGCAGGUACCAGAUCCACACAGGCCUCCAGCACUCCAUCAUCCGAGCCAGCCAGCCAAACUGCCUGCCCCUGGAAAAUGUGACCCUGCCCCAGAAGCUGAAGCAGGCGGGCUAUGCCACCCACAUGGUGGGCAAGUGGCACCUGGGCUUUUACAAGCGCGGCUGCAUGCCCACCCAGCGUGGCUUUGACACCUUCUUCGGUUCCUUGCUUGGCAGCGGGGACUAUUAUAGUCAUUAUAAAUGCGACGGCCCAGGUAUGUGUGGGUAUGACCUCUACGAAGGGGAGGAGGCGGCCUGGGAACAAGAUAGGGGCCUGUACUCAACCCUGAUGUACACCCAAAAGGCUGUGAAUAUCUUGGCCAAUCACAACCCUAGGAAACCUCUCUUCCUGUAUCUUGCCUAUCAGGCGGUCCAUUCCCCUCUGCAGGUUCCCGCCCGCUACCUUGAACGCUACAAGUCUAUCCCCAACCCCCACCGCAGGAAAUACGCAGCCAUGGUUUCCUGUUUGGACGAGGCCAUCCACAACCUCACGCUGGCCCUGAAACGCCACGGUUUCUACAACAACAUGGUCAUGGUGUACUCUUCGGACAAUGGUGGCCAGCCACUGGCCGGGGGAAGCAACUGGCCUCUGAGGGGAAGCAAGGCCACCUACUGGGAGGGGGGCAUCCGGGCGGUGGGCUUCGUCCACAGCCCCCUGCUCCUGAACAAGGGCACGCGGUGCCGUGGGCUGGUCCACAUCACCGACUGGUUCCCCACCCUGAUCGGUCUCGGGGAGGGGACCCUGGACGAGGACCUGAACCUGGACGGCUUCGACGUGUGGGAAGCCAUCAGCGAGGGCCGGCCCUCCCCGCGCCAGGACAUCCUCCACAACAUCGACCCCAUCUACACCAAGGCCAAGAACGGCUCCUGGAAGGCCGGCUACGGCCUCUGGAACACGGCCAUCCGCGCCGCCCUCCGGGUGGGCCACUGGAAGCUCCUGACGGGGGUUCCUGGCUACAGCGACUGGGUUCCCCCGCAGACGUUCUCCAAUCUGUUGCUGACCAACCGCUGGCACAACGAGCGCGUGCGCUGGGACCGGGGAAAGUCCGUCUGGCUGUUCAACAUCACGGCCGAUCCCUACGAGCGUGUGGACCUCUCACUGCGCCACCCGCACAUCGUGAAGAAGAUGCUAAUGCGGCUAGCUCAGUACAACAGGACGGCAGUGCCCGUACGCUACCCGGCGAAAGACUCGCGCUCCAACCCGCUGUACAACGGAGGGGUGUGGGGACCCUGGUACAAGGAGGAGCGCAAAGACGAGGAAGACGAGAGGGAGGUCAACCUCCUCACAAACCACCUGGCGAAGACGCGACGGAAGAAGGCAAGGAAGCAGAGGAGGAAGGUGGAGGACUCGCCUUUUUAGCGACGGCCUUACUUUCGUUUUGUGACGGUGCUUUUUUCUCAGGGAUUGAUACACACACUCUGUCUGACAGGACAGUUCUGGUUAUUGGACUCUCGCUCAUUUGACAGGCUUUCGAACUCAGAUUUUGCUGUACCGAGACUCACAGAAAUCGGGCGUACAUUUGCCUCAUUAAGGACGAGACCCACUUUGAUUGAGCACUACUGUUAGCCUCAACAACGAAGACCUCAGAAGUGUUAGAGCAUUGAAAGAAUGUUUAUUUUUUUAAGUUUUGCAUGCUUAAACUUACGUGACCUUAUGAUUGUUCAUAGAUUUAUUACAUUUAGGUAUGAAGAAGAAAUAUAAUUAACAUUUGCUGACAGCGGCAUUAUUUUGUCGAAAGUGAAAAAUCAAAGACUGGAAAAAAUAGUCUUAUUAAAUUAGCUGUUGAUUGCAGUGUUGCAAGAUAAUAUAACCAGAUUUAUAUCUGAACUAGUGAGAUUAUAUUUACUUUUGUUUUACGAGCAAAGUCUGUCUGUACUUAAAUAUCUUCUCCUCCAUAACCCCUCCUUAGGUCUGGCACCAGUCCAACUUGAAUGUAAAACAAACUAACUAAAUAAAAGCCCCAUGACAAAGA